AGUUAGCAUAGUCUUGGUCGCACGACCGGACAAAAUAUAAGGCAGUCAUGUAAUCAGUAUAUUAUCAUUCACAACUGCGCUUGAAAACCAGUGAAACCUUAAAGAAAUUUUUUUUAUAUUUAACGGAUUGCUCCAUUUAUUAACCAUGCGAGGAUUAUCCGUAAUUCUGCUCGCUAUCGCCUGUUCGAGCGCAGUGAUCGAAGCCUGUCAGACGGAGGACGCCGGCUGUGCCGGCCACCUUCCGUGCUGCAGCGGUCUCAAAUGCAACAACGGCGCCGAAACCUUCGGAUUCUGCAAGAAAGCCGGCGGAGCCGCGCCCAGUCCCACCGCUGGAAAGCAGACCACCGCCGCCACUCGCCCGGCACAGAAACCGACCACCCCGAAGGCGCCAGCCACUAACAGUCAAGGUUCCUCGUCGAAAAACCUUGUCACCAAGGACCAAUUCUUUAAAGCCGUGACCAGCAACGGUUUCCCGCAGCCGACUGACGCCCAGUACGAUCAUUUCGUCAAAGGCGCUCCCAACGGCCACAUCACCACCAAACGCGAGUUGGCCAUGUUCUUGGCCAACAUCAUCCACGAAUCCGGCGGACUCAAGAAGAUCAAGGAGGAACACCCGCUGCCAGAGUACGGGAAGUAUUACGGCCGCGGCUACAUCCAGUUGUCCUGGGAUUACAACUACAAGGCUGCGUCCGCAGCAUUGUACCAUGACGACCGUCUGUUGACGAAUCCCGACCUCAUCCUGAAGGACGACCAGGUCGCCUGGGACACCAGCUUCUGGUUCUGGGGCGACAAUGUGCACGCUAAGGACGGAGUGCAACAGGGGCAUUUCGGCGCGAGCAUCAAGGCCAUCAACGGUUGGCACGAGUGUAACGGAGAAAACCUGGACCAGUCCAAAGCCCGCUAUCAGUACUACAAACGCAUCCUGGCCAUCUUUGUGCCCGGAGAGACGCCCAUCGAGACCGGAUGCUAUAAUUAGGAAAUUACGGUUAAUUGACGGCUUUUUAUAUGGUGUUGGGCGAUUUCUUCUGCUUUAUCUGUUUAUCUUGGCAUAUUUUGAUCGUUUUUUAACUGCUAUUCAAUUCACUGCCGAAUUUGAUUUAAUUAUUUCUGAUGGUGCCUCCAUUUACUGUAUUUCUGUUAGUGCAGUUGCUUUCGUUGACUUAGUUAAGGAGUGCACCAGCGUUUGCAGUUCCUGUUAAUUGGGUGGUUAUUGCCGAUAAAGGAAGUG